UGGGGACGCGCAGCUUGUCGUGGCUGCCGUCGGUGUGUCCUACCAGCCUCCGCUCCUGUUUUGGCAUUAAAAAUAGACCGGUGCUGAUCACAGACUUAUGUUUCGGCUGCCUCACUGCCCGUCGGGAAUUAUUUGUGCGCUGCUUUCGUUUUAAUCACCGAACCGUGACCGCGAGGGAGCAAAUGCGCAUCGGCGUGCGCAUCUUUGAACCUCCAGAAGCACGCUGUGGACAAUCUCCCUGACAUCCGAAGACCUCUCCUCCGCAAUCCGACGAGGGCUUCUACACCGCCUAUGGCCGCACAUCGGCAUCCCUGAGCCGCUGGCCUCGUCGCGGACCUUUCACCCGCUGCUGUCCUGGAAAAGUCUCCGAAUCAGGGAGACAUCUCCACAAAACAUUUUCUUUUUUUUUUUUAUUUUUUUUUAUUUUUCUUUCUUUUUUUUGUAAUAUUCAGAAAUCGCUUGACAUUUUUUAAAGAGCCCGGUGCUAUGCUGGGCCCAUCUCUCUAGAUCUUGUGAUCAAUAGCCUGCACGAUCUCUCCUCCCACAUUCGUCCGAAGAGACCCCGGUCCCUCUCUGCCUCUCUCCGAGCCCCGACGAUGCGUCCUCACGCAGUGAUGCUGGCGGUGGUCCUUCUGGGGAACUUGAUGCUGUCUUUCACCUCCGCGCAGAACGCUGGGUUUGUGAAGUCGCCACUCUCUGAGACUAAGCUCACGGGGGACACCUUUGAGCUGUACUGCGAGGUGGUGGGUAACCCCACUCCCGAGAUCCAGUGGUGGUACGCUGAGGUCAACCGAGCGGACUCCUUCAAGCAGCUGUGGGACGGAGCCCGCAAGCGGCGGGUGUCCAUCAACACGGCGUACGGCACCAAUGGAGUCAGUGUGCUCGGCAUCACGCGCCUCACACUGGAGGACUCUGGGACCUAUGAGUGCCGGGCGAGCAACGACCCGAGGCGCAAUGAUCUCCGACAAAACCCCGCCAUCACCUGGAUCCGCGCCCAGGCCACCAUUUCGGUGCUACAGAAACCAAAGAUCAAUGCCUCUGAUCAGAUCAUCCUGUCAGCGGAGACGUCGGGUAAACCAGUCAUCCUGGAGUGUAAUCUCACCACUGCGCACACACCGCAUAAGGAAAGCUUCUGGAUGAAGAAUGGCCAGGAGAUCCCCAACACACGGACAGAGAACAGAAACACGAUCUACAGAAUCAAUAAACCGCGAGCAGACGAUUCUGGGGAGUACAUGUGUGUUUACACAUUUGAGACAGCACCCAAUGCAAAUGCAACAAUUGAAGUAAAAGCGAAACCUGAUAUCACUGGCCACAAGCGAAGCGAGAAUAAAAAUGAAGGGGAAAACGCGAUGCUCUACUGCAAAUCUGUUGGCUACCCGCAUCCCACCUGGACGUGGCGGAAAACGGACGGAACCGUUUCCACGGACAUUGACAACUCCACCGGGCGCUUCUUCAUCACUAACAGAGACAACUACACAGAGCUCAACAUCAUUAACCUGGAUAUAAACACAGACCCUGGAAUAUACGAGUGCAAUGCCACUAAUGCAAUUGGGAACACCGCUGAGACCACUAUUUUACGAGUGCGCAGCCAUCUUGCACCACUUUGGCCUUUCCUGGGUGUGCUUGCAGAAAUUAUAAUCCUAGUCGUCAUCAUCGUUGUGUAUGAGAAGCGCAAGAGGCCAGACGACAUUAUUGAUGACGACGAACCAGUGGGACCCAUGAAAACAAAUUCAACAAACAACCACAAGGACAAAAACAUUCGCCAGAGGAAUACGAAAUAAGCAAUUUACCCAAAUGAGAUGGCUAAACUGCAUUUCCUGACUCCAAGGUACCAGAGGUGGAUUGAGCUCCGGGCAGUUUUUUGGAAAAAAAAAAGCAUAUCUUGUCUCAUUUUAUGAGAAACAAUAUCAGCAUAACACUGGCAUCAAAAAGAACAUAAUGGCUGUCUUAAGCAUGCCUUAUUCAGUCUUACAUGGAGAUUUCAGGAUGGCAAAUAAUGACUAAAAGCACCACAAAGGUGUACACAUUUUUAAUGUGCUGUUGAUGUCUCCUUUAUUAAUUUCAUCAUGUCCUCGAAUGAGGUGAUCCCUUUUGUAUUACAUAUCAUGUACAAUGCAUGCAAGACAAUUACGCAAUAGGAUACUCAGAAUAGAUUUUUUCAGAUCUUCUGUUGUUAUCCCUCGUGUGGCUUUUUUUUCUUUGCAUCCAAAAUGACAUAUGUUUUUAAGACGUCAUCUCAUAUAUAUAUAUAUAUAUAUAUAUAUAUAUAUAGUUUGUUUUAUUCUUGAGCAAUUUGUACAGCAUAUCAUGGUCAUUUACUUCUUUGAUUUGUGGGGAGUCUUCUUUUUUCAGAACUUUUCUCGUGAAGCAAGGGCUUCAAUGACUGGCAGUAUUUAAAUUUAAUUGAGAGUGCUUACAGAAAAUGACUACUGUGUGUUUAACUAUCUUAAUAAAAAUGAUAUGUGUAUUAUUUUUAUUUUGUUUCCAGAGUAACUUAGGUGUCUUGUAUAUGUUGAAGUAUGAGUGUUCAAAUGAUAGGAAAUCUGUAAAAGAAAAAAUAUUUUUUUUAUAAUUCCCAAAUUCAUUAAUUGAUUUUUAUUUUUCUUUUCUCUCUUUAACUGUAUAGCAUGGCUAUAAUCCUAUGCAAUAUGUAUUCUUAAAUAGAUAUAUGGAGGGCAGUUUGUUUUACUCAGUGAAGCUUUAAUAUUGUGGGAUCACUUGGAAGCUGGCAUAGCAAAAUUCACUGCUGUAGCUGCAUGACUCCUCUUUCAAUACAAUGUAUCAAUGUGUGUUGCGGUGGAAAUGGACCUGCAUUAAGUUGGGAACAGAGGGACCAGAGUAUAUAGCCACGAUCUAAAAUAUGAGUGAGACCAAUAUUUUUUUUCUGAAUAAAAACUUGACAAAAGAAA